AUGUCGAAAGCGCCAGUGAAACAGCUAGUAAAAAUCAUCGUGCCUGCGGGUAAGGCGACGCCGUCUCCGCCAGUCGGGCCGGCGUUAGGUGCGAGGGGUGUCAAGGCGAUGGACUUCUGCAAGGAGUUUAACGCCCGAACCGCCCACCUAGCUCCAUCUACCCCCACUCCCACGUCAAUAACAAUCUCUCCCGACCGCACCUUUACAUUUACCCUUCGUACUCCACCAACAACCUACCUGCUCAUGAAAGCCGCGGGCAUAACGAAAGGCUCAGGAACACCAGGAAGCGGCGGGAAACCAGUCGGAAAAGUCAGCCUGAAACAUGUGUAUGAGAUUGCGAAGGUGAAGUGCGGGGAUGAGGGACUGGGGGUAUUAGGACUGGAAAGAGUAGCGAGGGGGGUGUUGGGGACGGCGCAGACGAUGGGAGUGGAGGUGGUGCCAUAG